AUCGUAGCUUGGCAUCAUAAAAUCAGGAACGUUUUGAGUUUUGAGCCUUGCUUGAGUUAUAUGGUGAAAAUUUUGAAAAAAAUGUGUGAAAAGAGUGCUUAAUUUAGUAUAUUCAUAUUUUAAAUGUUAUUUAAUUCUUAUUCAGUCUGUUAGAAAGUAAAUGUUACUUGAACUCAGUUUUAUAUAUAUGAUAUCAAUUCAAAGUUCAACGAGUGAAUCAUGGCUGCCUUGAAUCCUUUGGCCUAACGUAUGUUUUAGUGAUGUGCGAUUUAUAUUAUACUUGUUAAAAAUGUCAACUUAAUAAUUUUGAUAUUGAAAAAUAAUUAAAAAUGGAGAUUGAUUCAUCCAAUAACAAUACAAACAAUAUUGAAAGUCUAUUUUGUUUUGUUGAUGGUUGUUUUACAACUUCAAUGCGGAACAAAAAUCUAGGCUUCCAUAAGUUUCCUCCCAAUAGAGAAAAACAAAUUUUAAGAAAAUAUAAAAAUGGUACUAAAAAAUUAGUGAAUACCAGGCAAUUAUGGAUUGAAGCAUUAAAUAUUGAAAAAGAAGGAACUACCGUUAUUGGAAAGAUGAGAGUUUGUUCUCUACACUUUUCAAAAAAUGAUUUUAUUCUCAAUGGAAAGGAUGUGAAGAAACCUUUUGCAAACCUGAAAAAAACUGCUAUUCCUAGACGCAAUCUACCCCUGAGGAAAAAUUCAAAACUGAGCACAAGGUUACAAGUAAGAGGAUUCAACAGACUGAAAUGGCGCGGACGUUUAGCUUUUCAAGACUUGGACGCGCGUGUUCCGAUGUCAAGAAAUCCGCCGAUCAAGAGCAGAAAAGUAGUUCAGAAAUUCGAAGGAGGGGUGCAACAAAAUGUGAAGAAACCAACAGAAGUAGUAGAAGAAAGCAAAGAAAACGAGGAAGAAGAAGAAUGCAUGGAAGUCGUUGGAUUUUCUUUGGCCAGCCUGGAAGACGGAACCGAAAAGUUAAUUGGAUUGGAUGGUGACCCUGAAAACACUGAAAAGGAUCAAGUAACAUCAGAGUUUAUUAUCAAAGAGGAGCCUUUGUCAGAUAACGAACAGGAAAUAGAUGAAUGGACCGAAGAAAAUAUCAUCGCAGAAGUAGAAAGGAGUGAGACAGAGAAUCAGGGGAAUGAUUGGACCACAAAUCCACCGCCAACUGGAGACAACAGCCAACAACAAGUGAUCACCACACAGUCGGUGCUACACGAUCUAGAGAGCAGUGGUGACGAGCAGGAGAUCAACAAGAAAAAGAAGAAGAAGAGUGAUGAGGGGGCAAGAGAGGAAGAGGAAGAGAUUAACAAGAAGCAGAAGAGUAACGAUGAGGAGACGGAGGAGACAAGAGAGAAAGCGGAGGACGAGGAGGAGGAAGAUGAGAUUCGUGACCGACCCUGUAAGUGGUGCGGCAAACGCGACUGUCGCGGCCACAACGGCGAGCCGCAACGACCGGCCGCGUUCGUGUGCGUCGUCUGCAACGAACUGUUUCAGACGCCUGCGCAGUUGGAUGCCCACUCAGAGCGUCACGACGAGGAGAUGAACGGCUACGGGAACAGCUGGCAUGAUGACUUCGCCUACAGGAAUUCGAAGGAUUUGGAGUGUAAGAUAUGUGGAAAGCAUUUCGCGACAAAGACAGUUCUGAAGGAGCAUGUAAGCAGACAUGUGGGUGAUAAGCUGCAUGUGUGCUUGCUGUGUGGAAGGCAGUUCAGGCAUAAGAUCAAUCUGGUAGUGCACGUGAACGCGCAUACGAUAGUGCGCAACUUCAAGUGUCCACAGUGCCCGAUGACAUUCGGCAUGAGGGUGGACCUGGAGGACCACAGGGGAAUGCACGCUGAAUACGAUCACAGGUGUGAACAGUGUGGAGCCGGCUUUGCGUCACAGCGAGCGCUCUGGACACAUCGUCAGGUGCACACGAGGAGAACUGCAGCCGCUAAGAAGAAGAAGACAAAUUCGAACAGCAAUCUGGGUCUGGGCAUCAUGAAGAAGUCUUCGUUUCCCUGUCGAGUUUGUAGCAAGGUGCUGUCAACGAAGAACACCCUCCGCGAGCACAUGAUGAUCCACUCGGGCGAGAAGCCGCACGAAUGCAUGCUGUGUGGCAAGCUGAUCCGUCACAAGGCCAACUUCAUAAUUCACGUGCAGUCGCACAGCAUGCGUCGCCAACAUCUGCCGCUCGGUCACUUCUGCGACCUCUGCGAGAACGACUUUGCCAGCAAGGCUGAACUGCGCAGGCAUCAGGUGGAGGAGCACAGCGGUCGACCGGUACACAAGUGCAUUAUUUGUUCGGAGGAGUUCCUCAGUGAGGAGGGACUCAAGGAUCACGUGGAAGAGGGACACGAGGGGGUAGAAAGCAAGGGUGAGGAGGAGUAUGGCGAACUGUUCAGGCCGCCAUUGCUCGAAGGGUUUAGUGUCAGUAUGUAGCAGUAGUUCAACAGUAAAAAUAAAAAUAUGAUUCAGUUACUUAUGAUAAUAUAGUGAUAAAUAGAGAAAACCAAUGUAGAAAAAGUGUCUGGUUCAAUUAUUUCUGAUAUUAUGUCGGAUAAUAUUAUUCAAUUAUUUCUUAUAUUAGUACUCGUAUAGUGAUAAUAAAGUUAAUGAAAGUCCAGUGUACUCUGCGCCAAGUUGGAUGGGGAUAACAGGAGGUAACUCUUAGGCUGGCCACUAACGGUUGUACAUGCAUGAUAAACAUGAUUAAGGAAACAAACGAUAAAAUUAAGUAACGAUUAUGUUCAUCAUACAAGUUAUCAUGUUAUUAGCUCUUGUUAUAUAAGUUCAUGUUCUGUGGCAUUUUUCAUGUUAUUUAUUUAUUUAUUCAUAGACAAUAGAUACAAUGCAGGUAAAAACAACAGGGAUUCGCCCAAAAUGCUUUAAACCUUAAUUUGGAAUACACAGUCUAGAGGUUAUGUAAAUGAUAACUUAAUUCACACACUAUUUUGAGUCCAAAAAAUGUAUGUACUACAAUAAUUUUGAAUUUAUCAGAUUAAUUAAUUUCAAAAUACAAAUCCAUACAAAAAUCUUCCUUCACAAUCAUAAAAAUAUUAAAAAUUUCACUUAAAUCCACAGAUUAUACUUUGUUAAAAUUCUAAACGUCAAAACAUCAUGUCAAGUUGGCUACCACUGUGGGGCGGUGGAGGCGAUAACAGCCAGUCGGGGGCGGCAAACAGAGACGGAACUUGCACUGGUCUGAACUCAGUAUGAGUUGGGUAUUCACAUCCUGAAAUGGGACAGUAUCAGCGAAAUGGUGUAUAUGCCGCAUGCGCGUGACAUGAAGCGCAACGAGGAUGAGUAUUUCGGAAUGUACUUUCAUCGUGGCAUACCGUACCGAACAUAGUGAUGGUGGGACGAAGACCCCCAGAUAUUUGUAAACCGGGGUCGCAAUCCAGUGUCUGUCACACUAACCAACAAAUGGGGUGAGGACAAAGAUUUCCUUGACACCUUUUGGAACUGCCACAACAAAGUUCUAUUGAAACAUAUCGUGGAAUAUGCCUAUGCAAAUCGUGCCUAUGUCUACUAGACACGGAAGCCAGAACCUAAAUUCUUUAACAUCAUCAGGAGAUCGCUGAAUGUUUCCAAUCAUCAGACCUUGGUGAACUCUACGAGAAACUUGCCACCUUUGAGAGGUGGUGUGCCGUAAUGCAGCGCUCAGGCUUACGUGGAGAGAUCAUGCGCUCCUUGGUCUUAUUAAUUUGUCAAUCGUUGUAUUCGUGUUGGAGUUUCUAGUGACCAUUCGGCGAUGUCUCCCUAUAAUGUUAUCAUGUUGUUCAUCAUCAGUGACGGCGCUUGACCUGAACUGUUGGGUGGGAAUUUUUGGGGUGUGGAUGGGAAGGGGGGUGCUUUAUAAAGCAUUUUUAAGUUUACAAAUUGUUACACAGGUAGACUACACUAAACUUUAGUUUAAAGUAAACUAAACUAAACUUUAUUAUUCUAUUUGGAGGCAAGAUGAGUUUGAUGUUUUUCGAUUGAAUGAAUUCGAUUAGUCACCUCGUUGCCAUUAUUAGUUAGCGAGACCAUCCUCGCAGUCGCAGUCCAUUCUUCUAAAAAACUAAACUAAACUUUAUUAUUCUAUAAACUAAAUUAAAACAACAUAAUAUGCAAUUCACCAAAAGACUUGUCAAAGUAGACCUAACUUCAUUUAAAUCAUGAUCACCACACACUAAUAUAGCAUUUCACAAUAAAAUCACGCCUUUAAAUUCACAACCGCAAUCUCUACAGUUGGAUUAUUGCUAAUUAAUCUAUGCAAAUAUUAGCACAAAAGUAGUUGAAGGUAUUAACUUAUCAAGUUUAUAAAAUAAUAAAAAACCUGUUGCCGAUUCGGAUGCAAUAAUUCACAUUUUACAUAAUGGCUGGCAUGUAAACAAACACAAAGCUAUACUAGCGCUCAGCAGUCUGAGCGAGAAUGUUGUGAAUCAACGUGCAAUGGGCUAGCUGAAACUGGCCCACUUGCUCCGUAUAUCAAUGCAUUGCUCCCAGCCAGUCUAGCGCCGCCGGCUUGCGUUGUCUUGCCAAUACGUUCUUAUGAGAGCUAGAAGGGCACGAAUUCUGGGGCC